AUGGCUGACGGAGUAGACAUGGGUGAACGUACACUCGAAAAUUUAGCCAACAGGCUACUUCAACUGGAUUCUACCAUCGAAAAAAAUGAACAUUUCACUGAGGCACAAGCCCGGCAAUUCAUUGAAGUGAAGAAACACAAGGCUACGGUAACAAAAACAAGGAGUGACAUGAAAAAGGUGAACGAUUGGCUGAAUGAUGACGGCGAGACCCGCCAGAUCAAAGACAUUCCACCAAAGGAGCUAGAUAUUCUUCUAUCCAGAUUCCUGCUCAUUGUCAAGAAGACCAAGCUUUCGGCAGAGGCGAAUGGCCCCGCUGCAACCAACUUCGAGCCAUCUACCCUGCGUAGCAUCUUGUCAAGUGUAAAGAGACACCUGUCCGAGAAUGAGUACGAAGGCGAUGUCAUGGGCGGAAAAGAGUUCAAACUCACACGGGACACGCUAAAAGCGAAAUGCGUGGACUUGAAAGAAAAGGGACUUGGCAACAAAAAACAGAGAGCCGAUCCCUUCACUUCCUCAGAGAUUCAACAACUCUACGAAAAGGAACUUCUUGGAGCCGCCUCUCCAAUUUCCCUCACAAAUACCAUUUGGCUUAACAACACCAUGCACCUUGGAUUGCGAGGAAGACAGGAGCACUUGACCAUGUUGUGGGGGGACUUGGAAUUAAGCCAGACCUCCGAUGGUGUGAGUUACUUGGCCUUUACGGAGAGGGCGACAAAAACAAGAAACGGAGUUGCUGGUGACCACAGGCAAUAUGUACCUAAGCUCUUUAAACAGUCAGGAGACCCAAACUGCCCUGAGACCAAAAACGGAAGACGAGCGCUGCUGGUGGCCGGCGCAUGCGUAUUCCUGACUCUCCUGACGGCCGCCGUUUUAGGCUCCGUGUAUCUGGGUUAUUCACUCCAAUCCCGGGGCUCGACAGGCAAACAACAUACGUUCACGGCGGAUUUCUACCAAGACGGUUUCCACGCUGUGAAGGAAACUUUAGUCAUCACGGAACGUGAGAACGUGUAUGCCUCCAUCAACGUCAGUGUUGUCCAGGACUAUGAGACAGGGUUCGAAGUAUUCAAGAUGGACCACCUCCCAGGGUGCUACCUGACAACUUUCAACAUGAGUGAUAGAGACGACUACAACAUCAACGGACAACGACAGGUGUCUAUUGAGGUAACACAGACCUCCAAGCAGCGCUACUCAGUGACGGACAUCACCGUGAAUAGGGUGGUGCUGGGACCGCAGGCGACCGCUAUGUGCGCCGAAAGAGAUCUUUACAUGCUUAGACAACAUACAGGUUCGACGAACGCCGGUAGGCGAGUUAAGAGAGGUUCACCUAGUAGACCGUCUUUACCGCCGAUGGAGUGCUUCUAUAUUUGUAGAUUUAAUGGAAGUUGCUUUUGGGUUUGUGUUUUUAGCACACCUCCUUGAGGUAUAUAAAUAUAACCAGAGUGGUAGUAACUUUCCUUUAUAAACAUAAACAUUGUCACUACCACGUUGUUUUUGGUGCCAGACUUUUGAUUAGUAUUUUGGAUAUAGGUAAACCGUUGUUCGU